GAACUAAUCUCCCUAGCCAAGUACACAAAGAGUCAGCAAAAGAACGCAGCAUUUCACUGCUCAAGGAAAAGUUAGAAACUUUUGAAUGGGCAUCCCUCCUGUGCAUGAGGUCCCUGUUCUUGCAACUAUCCUGCACCUAGUGGUGUCCGAGUGGUGUCCAAUCUGGCUCUUCUUUAUUGGGCACUACUCUCUCUUGACAGAUACAACUGCCUACCUCUACCUCUGGUAUACCGAUGUGCAAGUGAAUCAGACUGCUGUGGACCAAGAGAUUCGAGGCGCUGGCGCCAAGACGCUGGGAGAGUACGUCUUCUGCGUGCAGAAUGAAGUGAACUUUGCCAGUUGGACUUUGAAUGUGGAUUACCACGGUCACUGUCUUGAUCUAGAGGGUGGCUACAACUUGCUUGGCAUCGCGAAUUACUUUUGCCUGUUCAUUUGUUGCAGCCUGGUGGCGUCCAGUGUGCUGGUGGUGCUGACCACGCGCGGCACUGACAUUUGCACCGGCAAAUACCUGGCAACGAAGUGGGACUUCGAGAAGACGAGGCUCUUUCGCUCGUUGUCCAUCCUGCUGCUUUGUGGUGUCCUGGGCUGCUUUUUGGUCACUGCCUAUGUUUCCAGGUCUACGCUGAAAUCAGGAACCUUUCAACAGCUGUUGCAAGCUUGGUUGUUCUACGGCUCGGUGGCAUUUGUGCUCACGCUCGUCAGCGCUUAUGCUUUGCUUCCAGGUUGGUCUCCGCGAUUCAACUACCAAAGUAACGACUUCCAACGGCUGCGCUUCAAGCGGACGUGGCGGCACGUCUUCUGGAGCAGCUCGGAAAGCUUUGCACGAGACUUGGAGGAAGCAAUCCUUCUGGCGGGCUGCGGCAGUUGGAAGCGGCUCCGCAACUUCUUGGAGGAUCCCACAGAAGCUCAGUGGGUGUUGGAUGUUUGCAAGAUCUUAGAUGAUGACGAUGAGCCGUGGCCCAUGGACCAGCGAGAUGGUGCUGAAGAAGAUCGAGGGGUCAUCAAUUUGCUCGCUGAAUGCUGAGUAGAAGUAGAUGGUACGUAGAGCAGGUAGGAGUUUGGCAAUGAGACAGGCCUGUGCAACAACUUCGGGAACUCGCCAGGGUGGAGUUGUGGGAAUUGGUCUGAAAGGGCUUGUCUAGAAAUGAAGGAGCCCAUUUUCCUCAAAAACGGACAAUGGACUGACUAAGUUCCAUCGUCCCAAAUUUGGGACAUGACAUACCAACAGAUCAUGACAUAUCCCUGCCAAGGACACUGACACACUGUCUCAAUACUCCAGCACUGAAUGCCUGGAAGAUGCUUCCUCAAGCUGAGCUGAUGAGCCGGGCAGAUGCCGCUCCGCUGCGAGGCUUCGAGCGUCCGAGAGGAGUCCCAGAUCGGGGGGCGACCUGAGCGGACCCGAGUAGAUCAGUUUUCGGCGAAGACCACGCGCCGAUCCUGCGGCGAACGGAGGACGUUUCAACGAAGAACCGGAGAAAUCGCUGUUUCGUGCCGAUCGCGGCUUGGGAGGAUGAAGGAU